GGCGCCUGCGUUCAAGCAGCAGUACUAGUCGGGCGGUUAAAACGUUUACCCUGAGCUCACUGGAAACCAAGUCUUUUUAUUGCCACACACAGGUUCAUCACAACAAUACGAGAGUUUAUCCGCGCAAGUCAAACCCGGAUUAUGCUCCGGGAAAGAGUUGUCACGAGUGUCGUGUUUGAAGUAUAUCCAGUAUUCUUGAGGGCCGUUGUCAUCGGCGCGCAGGUAAUAAGUAAGCAUGCAUGACCUGGCAGCUCAAGUCACCAGCAGCUUACUGCGCUUCCCAGAGGUGACGACAGAUGCUCUGGGCGAGGAUGAAGUUACACUGGACUCUGUACUGCAUGGGAAAUUUACUUAUGGGAAGAAUGCAUUGGCCUGGCUUGCCUGCGGGCCGCAAUUGGAGGUGGUCCAUGCAGUUACUGGAGAGCGUUUCUCUGCCUACCACUUCAGCGGGGUGUCUGAGCACCCACCCACUGUGUUGGCAGUACAAGACUUCUGUUGGUUGAAGCGAACAGGGCUACUUGUGGGACUGGAGGAAGCAGAAGGCAGCAUGCUGUGUCUGUAUGAUCUUAGCAUCUCCCGUGUUGUUAAGGCUGUGGUCAUUCCAGGCAGGAUCACAGCCAUUGAGCCACUGGUUAGCUAUGGUGGGGCCAGUGCUAGCACACAGCAUCUGCAUCAGAGUCUGCGUUGGUUCUUCGGUGUGGCUGCUGUGGUAACCGACAUCGGUCAUGUUCUAUUGGUUGAUCUCUGUCUGGAUGACCUGUCUUGUAGUCAGAGUGAAUUGGAAGCCUCAGACCUGGAAGUGGUCAAUAAAUCUCCAUCUGAGAUUCCACGGUUAAGAGAGGGCGGUACUCAGCAGGGAAGACACUUGUGUCUGCAGCUUAGCAGCCCCACAGGUACUGGAGUAACAGCCUUGCAGUACAUACAACGCACCAACCAGCUUGCUGUGGGCUUCUCUGAUGGCAACUUACAGCUCUGGAACAUGAAGACGCUCAAAAAAGAAUAUCACUCACAGCUGGAGGGUGGCAGAGUGCCUGUCUAUGCGUUUACUUUUCAGGAGCCUGAGAAUGAUCCACGGAACUGCUGCUAUUUGUGGGCAGUGCAGUCUGCACAGGAUCAUGAGGGGGAUGUUGUUAGCCUUCAUUUGUUGCAGCUGGCUUUUGGGGAGAGAAAGUGCUUGCCUUCAGGGAAAAUUAUUUAUGAGGGUCUGGAAUAUUGUGAGGAGCGUUACAGUCAGGACCUGAAUGGAUCAUCGUUUCCUUUAAGGGCUCAGGCCAUUAAUACUCGUCUGAUUAGUUGUCAGACCAUUGAGAAGUUUCGCCACCACCCUGAUCGGGAUGACAGCAUGAAUGAAGUGGCAUCUCCUGAUACAAGUGUGUCAGUUUUUAGCUGGCAAGUUAAGUCUUAUGGACAAGGCCAGCCUUCAACCUUCAUUGGAGUCUUUGACAUUAACAGAUGGUACCAUGCUCAGAUGCCAGACUCACUUAGAGUGGGGGAAUCCUUGAGGAACUGUCCUUAUUUGGCUGUGUGGUCUCUUGACUCUGUGGUAGAGAUGACCGCUCCAUGUCCCCUGAUGGACAUUCUAGUUCAUGAGCGCAGUCUUAGUAAGGGUCUGCCCUACACAAGCCCUCCACCAGAACAGUUCUUCAAUCCCACCACCUACAACUUCGAUGCUAGCUGUUUGCUUAAUGCUGGAAUUAUGCACUUUACUUGCUCUGGCUAUCAAAAAGAGACCCUGAACUACUUGAAGAAAAUGACACCAAGUUUGAAUGAAAGCAUCUCUCAUGGAUUCUCACGUUGCCUCAUGUCUGGACUCUUGUCCUCUCACCUUGCUGAUGUCCAGCCCUCCAGCCUGUCCCAGGAGGAGCAGCUUGAUGCCAUUUUGUGCACUGCUGUGGAGACAAGCUCACUAGGACUCAUCACUGGCUGCAUUAAACAAUGGACCACUGAGGAGCAACCACAAUCGGCUGUUAACCUGCGCUAUAUACUGGAGUGGGCUUGGAACAAGGUUGUGCACACUAAGGAUGAGCUGGAUGAAAUAUGUGCUCCACUCUUUGACAGCUCCACAAACUUUACAGAUCCUCAGACACUGCAGCUGAUACAGCACAGUCAGCGCUUGCUGGCAAACCUCAGCACCAUCUUCCACUGUUUGCUUAAUGAGGCUCAGGAGCUCACACAAAAUGGAUUGAUUGGACUCAUGAACAAAUGCAUGGUGUCUAUUUUGAUCUCCCAGUACUCUCAAGUGGUUCUGUGGUUUUGUCGAACGGGUCUUCUUCCAGAGGCCUCUGAUGAUGUACUGCAAAUAUCAAGGCCCUUUUAUAGUUAUUCAAUUAUAAAGAAUUACUACAUCGGCCAAAGGGAAGAGUUACAGAGACUUGCCAAGGACAAGUGGUGUGCAGACUGCCUCAUGAUUGAUGGCCUCGUUAGUCAAUGUGGGGAACGUCUUGCUGAACUCUGGAAAAGGGACCAGGGUGGAACAGGACAGUAUCCUCCCCCAUCACUUCAUGCCUUGCUGGAUAUUUACCUCCUGGAAAACAUUGAAGAAUCUGCCAAACAUGCCAUUGUUAUUUAUUUGCUACUGGAUGUGAUGUACUCGUUUCCUAAUAAAAGUGGGGCAUCAGUGGAGUCUUUUCCCACAGCGUUUGCCAUUCCCAUUGGUUUAGUGAAACUGGUACAAGGACUGUGGUUGCUGGAUCAUCAUGAUCAUGAGAGAUCUUUGGAGCUGCUAUUACACCCAGCCACCAGUCACUCUCUUUGGAGCUGGCAACAUGAGCGUGUCCUACAGGCUUUGAUGUGUCAGCAGAAGCAAAGCAUUGCCCUUCGUUACUUGCAUGUGAUGAAGCCUCCCCUGUGCACUACCAACCAAGCCAAGCUGUGCCUUUCUGUUCUACUCUGUAACAGAUGCAUUGUGGAGGCCUGGGCAUUGUUAAGGCAGCACUGUAAUAAGUUGAACAUGGAGGAGGUGAUGAGGUUUCUCUUUGAGACCUGUCAGGAGCUGGGUCUGAUGAAAGAGCUUCUGAAGCUGCCCCUUGGACUGGCUGAGCAGGAGUACUUGGAACGGUUUCUUCAAAGCACUGGAGGUUUUCAGAAUCGGGAGAUGCUUAUGGUCCACUACCUCCAGCAGGCAAAUUAUGUGCCUGCCCUGCAACUCAACCAGACCCUCAAAUUGAACCUUGCAACUGAUCAAGAUCCUAAAAUGAAGGAAAGAUCAAACACAAGGAACUCCAUCCUAAAUCAGUAUGGUAAAGUUCUUCCUCGAGUUCAACGGAAACUAGCCAUUGAACGAGCAAAACCCUACCAACACCCUACUACAAUCCACAGAGAAGUUAAAAGACCCCAGCCUCUGUCCACUGUAGCUAAACGUUCAGCUUCUGAAAAUGUAAUGACCAGAGCAGCCUUUAUCAAUAAUGUUCUCUCAAAGAUCGAAGAAGUGUGGGUUGGCAAGAACCCCACUCCAGAGUCAUCCCAUUACAAAAGCCCCAAAGAGUCAGAGGUACAAGGGCUUAGCCUGCAUCCUGCUUCUCCAAAUCUACCCGAGCCCUUUGUGGGAACACCCAUCAACAUGUUAACCAAGAGGAUGUCCAGGCUUCUGGAUUUGGUCGUUCAGCCAUCUUCCCAAAGUUCUCCAGAGAGUUCUAAUUUGCCGGGAACACCUUCAAGGCCCAUUACCUCGUGGGCUGGCCCAAAGAGCAUCAGCAAAGCACCUGAGCUCAAUCUGCUACAAACUCCACAAGUGGUUAAGAGAGCUCGAGCCUUGGCAUCAGGCCCGGUUUUCUCAGCCUUCACCCCACAGUCUAUUCUGAGGAGCAGUCUACGUCCCACUCCUGUGGCCACACCCUCUGCCUCUCCAGGUCGGUCUAUCACUCCCCCUCUCCGCACCAAAGAGAGUCGUAUUACCUUCAUAGAGGCUGAUUCUCCUGAACCUCCCAAGGGUUCUGUCCACUGGAACACUGGGGUGUCUAUUAGCAGAGAGAGCAAUACACCUAAGAGAUCUUCCCCACCUCCCAAAGCAAACAUCGAGGCCUGGAGUGAACAUUCAGAUGUGGAAGAUGAUGAGAUAGAACUAAGUAGGACCAGCAUGCCCUCACUGGAAGAGAGAGAGAACGCUAAUGUAGAAUCUGAUAAUGGAUCUUCUGCUAAAGAUACCCCUGCAGUGGUGUCCAAACCAGUGCUUCCCACUCUUGUGCGACGGCCUAGUCUUAGGCAAGAAACAAGUCUUGUCUCCAAUCAGUCUGAUAGCAUUCUUGAGUUCCAUGAUGCUCCUGAGGAUCUUCUGGAUGCACCAAAAGAAAAUCAAGUGGACGACAACGUGAAUUGUGAGGUUACUGUAAGACUUUCUAACACUUCACAGGAAGAUUUAUCCCCAGUAGAAGAUGGCACUACAGCAGAGUUGCCCUCUGUUGCUCUGCCUGAGAAAAAACAGAAUACAGUAGAGAACAGGACUGACCAAAUUGUUUUCAGUGACAAAAGCCCAUCAGAGACACAGCAAGCUCAGCAACAGAGUCUUGAGCUUAAGGUGCAUGUUAGUGUUGAGAAUGAUCUCACAAAGGAAGUGACAGUGGAGCAGUGUGAGAAAACAUCAGAGGCUCCGGUUCUCAAGCUGAAUGUCAUGGAACCAGCACUUGUACUUCCAAUUGAGAGGCCAAGUGUAGAAUCUUUGGUUAAGGUUUCAGAACAUUCUGAAGUCCAGGAACCAACUGAAGCUGAAGAAUCAGUUAAUGAGUCCUCCAUCUUUGAUGAAGCUAUCGUUCUUCCGGCUGAUGAGCCUGCAAACCAGAUGUCAGAUGAAGAAAAUGCUGCUCUUGACACUAUUGAAGAACCAGUUGUUACCAAGGAAUCCAGUGAGGCCUCUGUUUUGUCCAAGCUUCCAUCAGUUGAGUUGGUCAACCAUGAACCUGUGGCUGAUGCUCCACUUCAUGCACUUAUUACUGGUGAACAUAAGAACAAUGAGGAAUGUAAAGAGGAGUCAAUGGAAACCACAGAUUUGGAUGCGUUUGUGGAACAGCAUUUGUUUGGACCAGAUCUUUCCCCACCCUUGACCCGGUCCAGUAUUAGAGAAGCCUCAGAUGCAUCACUGAACAGUGAACCAGUUUUUGACAUCAAGGAAGUUCAACCUGAUCCUGAGAAUGCAACAAAUCUGAAAACGCAGACAUCUGUCACCUCAUCAGAACCUGCAUCUUCAGAGUCCAGAUCUGUAGUGACCUUGAAUGACAGCUCAUCGCUCACAAGUGCUGAAUCUGAGGAAGAGUCAGAGGAUGAAGAGGAGACUGGAGAUGAGAACUUGGAGGACUCUGGUAGUGAGGUUGAGAUCAUAGAGGAAGUGAAGGGUAAUAGUAGGAAUAGCCAUAAGCCUGCUCCUGCCCUUUACUUGGAGGAACUCCCAGCACAUGAGCAGUACCUUCAAGAAGAAGCCUGUGCCGUGCUCUCGCUGGUCACUCCUGAGACACAGUUGAAAGUUGUAGACAGUGACAUGCUAGAGGAAGGUGAAGUGCUAAUGGUUGGCCUGGGCCCUGCAGAUCUAGAUGAGGAAGAUGCAGUAUGUUAUACUCCGCUAAAGCCAUCCACCACUCUCUUGGUGCCUGUAGAGCUGGCUGAGCAGUAUAAGCAUCUUAUAGAUGGAGGAACUUCACAGACCCUCGACAGUGAGGGUCCAGGAGACUCUGGUGGCUUUACGCUCAUGUUGGAGCCAGAUGUGGAGGAGCUGCCUAUAAUUUCAGAGUUGGACCCCAAUAAUCAAUUGCUUUCUCUACAUGAGCAAAAACAACCUCUGGACAUGGAGAAUCAGCUUACAACUAACUCCGAGGUUGUCAUUUUGGAACAUACUGUUUAUGUUCCAGACAACACAUUAGAACAAGAAAAAGUCUUUGUGUCGGACCUUGAACCCGUUUUCAUUGGUGCUCCUGAAACUGGUGAGCAACCAGACAAACCAGCUGAGGUGCACCCUGAACAGAGGGUGGAACCAGCAUCCACACCAGAAUCUGCACCUUCUCUUAAAGAGACAGAAGGACUGGCCAAUGCUGAUAUACUAGAUUGUGGUCCUUCUGAGAUCCAGGAAGAAUUACAUGCCCCUCUUCAUAGGGAAGUAUUGGCGUCUUCUCUGCCAGAGAAUGACUUGCCCCCAGAAAAGCCUUUAUUAAAAGCAAAUGAGGAUUCAAAAUUGGAUGCAGUGAUGUUGUCUAUGGCUAAAGAUAAUGUAAUGGAGUCUAACCGAGUGGGCAAUGCCCCCUCAUUGAGUGGAGAAGUUGAACUUCCCACAACAAAAGAGGUGGCAAGACCAAAGUCUCCAGGAAGAUCUAGGUCCCCUGCAAGAUCUAAAGUACAAAGAUCUAAAAAAGAUGGAGAGGAAGUUUUAGAGAACUUCAAAGAGUUGCCACGUAGCCCAUCACGUAGUACAAGGAAAACUGUUACGUUUCCUGGACCCAACCUUGAUGCAGUUAAAGAUCUCACUGAGGAGGAGCAAAUGGAUUCUCAGGUACCUUCUACACCAAGACGUGUUACAAGGAGUUGCAAGCAACUACAGGACUGUGAAGUUCCUGUUACACCCAGAAGAAGCACAAGAAAAGCAGAUCCAGAUCAGAGAGAUAACAAUAAUGACCACGAUAUGCCUUCUGCAAAAAUAUCAAAGCCUUCAAGUCCAGCACGAAAAACCUUGCAGAAAGCCACACCUAGGAAAGGAUCCCGAAGAACCAGGAACACAACAAUGGAUGAAGAUGAUGAGGCCCUGUUUAUGGACCUGCCUCCAAAUGACUAUUCAGAACUACAGGCCAGACAGAGCACUAGAAAAGUACAAGCAAUCAUCGUUGAAGUUCAAGAGACCCAUCAAGAAGUCCCAGUUGAGAGGGCCCAGUCUGCCAAAGUAAGUAGCAGUCCUAGUAGGGCUACACGCAAGUCCACCAGAGGGCUUGCGUUAGAAAGUUUCUCACAGGAUACUCAGGAAGAUACUGCUUCUAUAACUCAAACCCUAAAAACUCCUACAAGGAGCAGGAGAAAGACUGUGGAUAGCACUAUGGAGAAAGCUAACAAUGCCACCUUUGUUAUUAAUGAUGAACAACUUCAAAGUGUUUCAAGACGACUAACCAGAAGCCGACACUGGAAUCAAAUAGAGGGUCCUGGCAAAGAGAGAAAAGUCUUGAUUCCUCUCGAAUUGGAGUCUAAAGUUCCCCUGGCUGAUGCUUUUGCAGAUCAAUUCAAAGGCAAGGAGAGUCUUCCGGUUGUAACUGAAAUAGUACGUGCCAAGAGAAGAACCACUAGAUCUGCAGCACCUGCAGAAUCACUGAAUGGAACUCAGAAUGCAGUCAAUGAAGAUUCAAAGAUGUUGAUAUCCGAUGAAAUGCAAGAAUCUGCAAGCAAGUCACUUGCAAGUGCUGGACGUACACGAGCAAGCAAGGUGUCAAAACGCUUAGAUGAACAAAAAUCUUCAUCUGUUAGUGAUACAGGCUCUUCCACAGCUGACCUGAAAAGAACAAAAGUGAGGAGAAAAGGAACUGUUGUGCAAAAUGAAACAGAAGUGCCAGAGAUUUUGACCCCUCUUGUGCCUAUAACGCAAAGCUCAGAAGAUGCAACUGGUUCUCAUUCCAAAGAGGACAACGGCCCAGUGGUAGAUGAUGUUGCAGUGGAAACUGAGGCUGUCAAACCCAGAAGGAAGAGAACAACCAGGGCAAAAGCUGCCCCAGAACCCCCACCACCAGUUGAGAUCAGCUUUCUCUCUCCAAUGACCAGUCCAGUCAAACCAGUUGCUAUAACCAAACAAAGAACUGUUAAAAAGGAAACACCCUCACUGAGGAUGAACCUACGCCGUAAACGCAUGAUGGAUGCCAUUUUUCCCAAACCCAUUACACAGAGGAAGAAACUUUGAUUGUGAAUUUGGACUUUUCUCCCAAUGCACUGAAUGACUUGUCUCCCAAUGCGCUCUCCCUAUUUCUUAAGAACUCUGCAACUUGCUGCUUUGUAACUAAGAUAAUCAAUGAAUAAUGUUUGGAAUAAAUAAACAUAAAUUUGGAAUACAUUUAAUAUAAAUUAUGAUGUUUGCAGUAAGGAGCGCUGAAGGACUUGAGCACCAAAAAAGAUGGCUUAGUUUUUAAAUGGGUUUCUAUUAAUUGAUGCAAAUGUAAAUAGCCUUUUAGCUAUGUUAUAAAUAAAAUGUGAUAAUUAUUUUGUUACUUAAUUUUGUUUAUAAAAAGGACUGCAACAAAUGUAAAGCCAGAGAAUACAAAUGUUUAUUGUUAUACCACUUGGGUGAUGUAAUUCAUAAAGAUUAAUACCUUACACUGGUAAAGAGUGUGAAUAAGAUUGUCCAUGUUAUAUGGAUGGACUUUGUUUUGAUUAUGACACUUGGUCUCCUCUAUCUUGAGGUCUUAAGGUGGAGAACACUUCAAUUUGUUUGUACAUUGUAGACAAUAACAUUAUGCAUCAGUUUUAUUUUGAAGAGCAUUCUGAAGUUGUUUGUAAUGCCCAUUUGCUUUUAAAUACAGAACAAGUUUGCAAUUCUGCAGCAUUUUACUUAUUCACAAAGCUGCUGAUUGAACCAUACCUAAAAUAAAUUGUAUGUCCAUUUUGCUGCAAUAUAUGUCCCAGUUGUAUCUGUGUACAGCUUUCAAUUACCACAGGAAAACAAAAUCAUUGUGUGCUUAAAAAGGGGGUUGCAGCAUUUACGUAUUUCUAUUGA